AUGGCUCGCGAGCAAGGAAAGCCGACGUCUCGCGAUGCGAGCCACGUGGGUUCUAGGCCGUUGUUGCGACAGAGACGAGUUUGCACCAGGUCAGUCCCUAGCGCUACUGUUCACCAUCAUCGAAAUGGGCAAAUUAGGUACCUUAAUAUCUUUAACAUUAAGACCGACGCGUCUUCCGGUUUCUUAUGCUGCCCAGGAUGGACGCAAGCGACACAGACGAGUUAUGGCUGCAAUAAACCUAUCUGUCCAGCUCCCUGCUUGAACGGAGGAAUAUGCACUUCCCCCGGCAGGUGCACGUGUCCCAAAGGAUUUACAGGCAGCCAGUGCCAGACAGACGUCGACGAGUGCGUGACAGAGAAGCCCUGCGAUCAGCUAUGCAGAAACCUACCCGGGACCUACGAAUGCCACUGCAGGCCCGGUUUUCAACUUCAGAAAGAUCGUCAGUCGUGCAGAAAAAAUGACACGGACGACAUUGCGUUUGAAGCUCGAGAUUUGGAGAAAGAUUUCCACGAGUCGACGACGACGACUACGAGACGUCCGUCAAUUUCUUCGCACGAUACGGAGAACGAGGUGUCCGAUGGUGACCUCGAUCAGGACUACGAGAUUAUUCUGAAAAGGCUAACCAAGCUCGAAAAGCAAUUUGCAAGAGGAAGAAAGAGAGACACGGAAACCACAGAAAUGAGUAACAAGGUUGCAUCGGUUAUGGAAAGUAUCAAUGUGAUGAAGAGGACUGUUGAAAAUGUCCAACACAUGCAACAGGAAAUAUAUGAAAUGCGAGGAAAACUGAGGGAGUACGAGUUGGAGACGAGGAGAAUGCAGCACUUAACAAAUCGAGUGAUGGAAUUGGAAAAUCGUUUGAGAUUACGUUGCAGAACAGCGAUUCCAAUCAGCAACGGUGCAUUAAAUUUUUAAUAUAGUUGUAACGAAGGGAAAGAGUAUCAAAUAUUUUGGGCAUUGCCCGUAGAUAUAAUAUUUAUGUAGGAAAAUUUGUUACAAAAAACGAUCAUACUAUCACUGCCAUUUA